GGCCCCCCUUCCCUCCCUCCCUCCCUCCGAUCGCCGCCGCUCGCCCCGUCAACCGCACCGCCACCCCUCUGCCCGGCCUUCUCCCAGGUGUGACGGAGGAGGAGCCUCGCGCGGGAGGCAGAGUUGCGAGCGCACGUCCGUGCGUCGCCGGCCAUGGACCAUAAGGAUGAGCACUCCGCCCACCCCGACCAGGAGGUCGAGGAGGAGGAGGAUGAGGAGGCCAAGCGCGCCGUCGUGCUCGGCCCCCAGGUGCCCCUCAAGGACCAGCUCGAGCUCGACAAGGAUGAUGAGAGUCUGAGGAGGUGGAAGGAGCAACUGCUUGGGCAGGUUGACACAGAGCAGCUCGGAGAGACUGCGGAGCCCGAGGUGAAGGUGCUGAACCUGACCAUCCUGUCGCCGGAUCGGCCGGACCUGGUCCUGCCCAUCCCAUUCGUCCCCGACGAGAAGGGCUACGCCUUUGCGCUCAAGGACGGCAGCGCCUACAGCUUCCGCUUCUCGUUCAUCGUCUCCAACAACAUUGUGUCGGGGCUCAAGUACACCAACACCGUCUGGAAGACUGGAGUAAGAGUUGAGAACCAGAAGAUGAUGCUGGGGACAUUCAGUCCCCAGGCAGAGCCCUACACAUAUGAGGGUGAAGAAGAGACCACCCCUGCUGGCAUGUUUGCAAGAGGCUCCUAUUCUGCUAAACUAAAGUUUAUUGACGAUGAUGGCAAGAACUACUUGGAGAUGAGUUACCACUUUGAGAUUAGGAAGGACUGGCCAGCCGUAUGAUGUGGGAACAAGGCUUCAUUCCAUGUUAGCUCAUAGCUAAGCCAAGGCAGAUUGGCAGAUUGCGCUGUCGCUUCUAGAGACCAUUACAAUUAUUCCCUUACGCCGUCGCCGUCGUUAACCGCCUUUCUUUUAAAGUUUUGUUGUUCCGAGCCUACUUAAUUUCCACUCUUUUUUUUCUUUUUUCUUUUCCGCAUAAUGUUCAUUCAAACUCGCUAUAUAAUCGGUUCUCCCUGGAGAUACUCUGAUGCUACUAUUUAUAUGUACCCGAUCGACUUGUUGCUUGUCUGAAACACACAUUCAUGCUUUGUUCCGUCUUAUCAUGUAAUUUUCUGUCCAUUAGGCAGUUAAUUUCAGAGCUUAA